AUGGCCGGACCGCGCGCAGGAAAGAAGUCUCAGGCCAAUGGCUCUGCCGACGGAAAUUCGUCGAGCAAAGUCUCACUCAGCGAGGCGUUCGACAAGGACCUCUACAGCGGAAACGGCGCCGACAAGUUCAACGGCUACGACACCUCCAUCGCGGUUGCCGAUCAAGAUGACGAUAUGGAGGAUGUGCAACUCAACGGCAGAAGCCUGGUGGGCCAAUACACAGCCUCUAGGGAGAUGCUCAACGAGUUCAGCCACGGCGACGCUGCUGAGGCCGACAUCCUCGACAGCCGCGAGAAACAGGCGCAGAUUGCCUCGCGCGAAACCGAUUAUCAACGACGGCGAUUCGACCGCGCGCUGUCUCCCUCACGCGCCGACCCCUUCGCGAAGGACGGCGAGGACAGCGGCCAGACGUACAAGGAUGUCAUGAAGCACCGUGAGUUUGAGCGCGAGGAAGCGCGUGUGCAGCGCAUGAUUGAAGAGAAGGAAAAGUCUGGCGGGAACCAAGUGCUUGACCACAAUCCCACGCUCAAGGACGAUGCGCCAGCAGUCAAUGGCGACAAGACACCUCCAAUGGAGAAGAAGCGCAAGAGGAGACGAUGGGGCGAGGUCACCGAUGAGGCCCCUGCCCCUGCGGUGAAAGAGGAUGUCAAGGAAGAGGCUGAAAGCAGCAGCAAGCGCUCGCGGUGGAGCGAGCCAGAGCCAGAGCCCGAGAAGCCCGCCGAAGAUGCUGCACCAGUGCGAUCGCGCUGGGACACAACCGCAGUAGUACCCGCCAGUGCUACUCCUGCUGCACCUGCUGCAAAUGGUGCCCACCCCUUCAUGCCACCGACUUUCGCUUUUGGGACAGACAUCUCCAGCCGCAACGCGCCCCUUUCUGACGAGCAGCUCGACAUGAUGCUCCCUGGUGAAGCUGAGGGUUACAAAGUCUUGGAGGCGCCCCCUGGCUACGAACCUGUACGGCGACCUGUAGGCAUGCCAGUUCUUCCUACUGGAUACCAAGGCUUCUUGCUUCCCGAGGCCGACAACAGCUUGGCUGCAAUGGGCAAGCAGCUACCUACCGAAAUCCCGGGUGUCGGCGAUCUACAAUUCUUUAAAAACGAAGACAUGAAGUACUUCGGCAAGCUCACAGACGGUGCGGAUGAGAACGAGAUGACAGUGGAGGAGCUCAAGGAGCGGAAAAUCAUGCGUCUCUUGUUGAAGGUCAAGAACGGAACACCACCCAUGCGAAAGACUGCGCUUCGACAGUUGACAGACAAUGCCCGUCAAUUCGGUGCUGGAGCACUCUUCAACCAAAUCCUACCACUCCUCAUGGAGCGCACUCUAGAGGAUCAGGAGCGCCACUUGCUCGUCAAGGUCAUUGACCGUGUACUUUACAAGCUCGAUGACUUGGUACGACCCUACGUUCACAAGAUUUUGGUUGUCAUUGAACCUCUUCUCAUCGACCAAGACUAUUAUGCGCGCGUUGAAGGUCGCGAGAUUAUCUCGAACCUGGCAAAGGCUGCUGGUCUUGCACACAUGAUCAGUACUAUGCGUCCCGAUCUUGACCAUCAAGACGAAUAUGUCCGAAACACAACGGCCCGAGCGUUUGCUGUUGUGGCAUCCGCUCUCGGUAUUCCAGCACUUCUUCCCUUCCUACGAGCUGUUUGCAGAUCCAAAAAGUCGUGGCACGCGCGUCACACUGGUGUGAAGAUUGUACAGCAGAUCCCGAUCCUGAUGGGUUGCGCUAUUCUUCCCCAUUUGAAGGGACUAGUUGAUUGUAUUGGCGAGAACUUAAACGAUGAACAACCAAAAGUUCGCAUGGUCACAGCGCUUGCUCUCGCCGCUUUGGCCGAAGCUGCAAGUCCUUAUGGUAUCGAAUCAUUCGACGACAUUCUCAACCCCCUCUGGACCGGAGCGCGCCGCCAGCGCGGUAAGGCACUCGCAUCCUUCCUCAAGGCUGUUGGUUAUGUCAUCCCGCUCAUGGACGAGGAGUACUCCAACUACUAUACAAGCCAAAUUAUGGAGAUCGUCAUCCGAGAAUUCCAGUCGCCCGACGAGGAGAUGAAGAAGGUCGUUCUCAAGGUGGUGUCGCAGUGCUCAAAUACAGCCGGUGUCACACCUGUCUACCUUAAGGACAACGUCCUACCAGAGUUCUUCAAACAUUUCUGGGUACGGCGGAUGGCUCUUGACAAGCGCAACUACCGACAGGUGGUUGACACCACUGUGGAUCUGGCGCAGAAAGCUGGGGUUGCGGAAGUCGUAGGCCGGAUUGUUAACAACAUGAAGGACGAAAACGAAGCCUACCGGAAAAUGACAGUGGAGACCGUCGACAAAAUUAUCAGCACUCUUGGUGCUCAUGACGUGGACCAGCGGUUAGAAGAACAGCUUAUCGACGGCGUGCUUGUUGCAUUCCAAGACCAGACCGUCGAGGACCCGAUUGUAAUUGAUGGUUUUGCAACCGUUGUGAAUGCUCUUGGGGAGCGUACAAAGACAUACCUACCACAAAUUGUCGCCACCGUUCUCGCACGGCUCAAUAAUAAAUCUGCCACCGUUCGACAGCAAGCUGCAGACUUGAUCUCGCGAAUCACGUUUGUAAUGCAGAAGUGCGACGAAGAUCCCCAGCUUAUCAAGCUUGCGCAGGCGUUGUAUGAAUACCUCGGUGAAGAAUAUCCUGAGGUUCUCGGUUCUAUUCUAGGCGCCCUUCGCGCCAUUGUCACUGUCGUCGGUUUACACGCCAUGCAACCGCCCAUCAAGGAUUUGCUACCCCGUUUGACGCCAAUUCUGCGCAACCGACACGAGAAAGUGCAAGAGAACACCAUUGAUUUGGUUGGUCGUAUUGCUGAUCGAGGAGCCAACUAUGUCAACCCUCGAGAAUGGAUGCGCAUCUGCUUCGAACUCCUGGAUAUGCUCAAAGCGCACAAGAAGGGUAUUCGACGUGCUGCCAACAACACUUUCGGUUACAUUGCAAAAGCUAUUGGUCCUCAGGACGUGCUGGCCACUCUUCUAGGUAAUCUUCGCGUUCAAGAGCGUCAGUCCCGUGUCUGUACAGCAGUCGCUAUCGGCAUUGUGGCAGAGACGUGUGCGCCCUUCACCGUCCUACCUGCCCUGAUGAAUGAGUACCGUGUUCCUGAGCUCAACGUUCAGAACGGUGUUCUGAAGUCGCUUUCAUUCAUGUUCGAGUAUAUCGGUGAGAUGGCGAAAGAUUACGUCUAUGCCAUCACACCUUUACUUGAAGACGCCCUCAUCGAUCGUGAUCAAGUGCAUCGUCAGACUGCUGCCUCGGUCGUCAAGCAUGUCGCCCUAGGCUGUGUUGGCUUGGACUGCGAAGACGCCAUGAUUCAUCUACUCAAUCUACUCUGGCCAAACUUGUUCGAGACUAGUCCUCACGUUAUCGAUCGCAUCGUCGAGGCCAUUGAAGGCGUCCGCAUGGCGGUCGGUACCCCGCUUGUCAUGAACUACGUCUGGGCCGGUCUCUUCCACCCUGCUCGCAAAGUUCGACAACCAUACUGGCGCAUAUACAACGAUGCAUACGUACAGAAUGCAGACGCUAUGGUCCCCGCAUUCCCUGUGUUCGAGGACGAGACGGUCAGGAGACACGAGCUGGAUAUCUUUAUCUAG